CACAAAAUGGAUUGUUCAAAUCUACUAUGCAGAGUCUGUCAGUGUUUGGAUUGUGAGGAUAACACGUUUUUCUAUUGUUUUACAUGUCACCGGGAUCCAUGUGAUUCUGGUAGAAAGAAACAUAUACAUGAUCUUUCCACAACGUUCCAUGACACUGCAGUUAACAAUGUUAAAAAGGGGAAAGUGAUGAGAAAACCCAUUUCUACAUUUGUAUUGUCUCUUUUGUAUGAUCUUCCCCAUGUAUCAUUGAUACACCAGGAACAGUACUCACCUUACGAUGAUACCAUUAGCACGAUAAGAAGCAACGCUCUCUUUAAAAAGCGUGCUAUUAUGUUAGAAAUACAAUCCGAUAUCGAAACGUUUAGCAAACAAAUGUCUAGCUAUACAAUUCCUUUUGUUACAAAGGCCCAAACACUUUGUAAACUUAUUGAUGUUGCUAUGUGCGACAAAGAUAACUGUUCAUUGAUUUUACAAAAUAAUAAGAAACUUAAAAUGGAGAUCCAUAUUGCUAGGAUAAAGAGAUAUGAACGUCGAUACGUAGAGUCAGCAAAAAAACCAAUACGGUUUAUUUCAUUUAUUAAGACUGUCCUGUCAAAAUUCGAAGGGAGGAUAAGUCUUGCACAGUUUAAACGCCUCUCCUUGAAAGAAUCAUUUAACAAAAAGGAUGUAAUUCAACAUUUUAGUUUAGAUAUAUUCACAAAGAGGGAAACGAGAAGGUUGUGUAACGAGUCUUAUUUAAAAAUGUCAGAACCCGAGUUACAUCAAACCCUUACGUUGAGAGACAUGUCUGGUUGUUUACACGUUUCACAUGUGAGACAGGACAGGUUCUGGGUAAGUGAUAAUAGAACGAAUUUCAUCUUAUUUAAUGAAAAGGUCAAACUAAACGAUAUCUUAAAAUCUAUAAAAUGAAAUGAAUAAUGGUGCUAACAAUUUAACUGGAGCUCACACAGUGACCAAAAACAAUGAAUUGAUUUAUAUUGAUACUUAUAACGAAAUUAAACGUUUUUCUUAGAACGAGUUAAACACCUUAUGUCUAGAAAAAGCAGACAAUGUAUAGAUAAAUAGAUGUGUGUAUAGCUCACUGUCAUCGGGCAAUUUACUGGUCGGGAUGCAAAAUAAGGAUUCAGCCUGUAGCAAGUUCACACGGUAUAGUUUAGAAAAAAAGACAAUGAUAACGCGGGAUGGGACAGGAAAAGUAAUGAAAACAAUACAAUACGACAGCAAAGGAAAUUAUCUGUACUUUCAACCAUGCUACAUUAUAGAGAAUGACAAUGGGGAUGUCGUUGUAUCUGAUUGGAAAAAUGGUGUAGUGGUGACAACCAUUGGAGGAAGACACCGUUUCACAUUCAAGAAAGAUCCAUAUGGAUAUGUCAUAAGCCCAAAGGGAAUUUGCACUGACUCAUUGCACACAUAUUAGUUUGUGUUCUUCAUAAAGUGAUGAUGUUAGACAAGGACGGUCAGUUUCUAUCAUAUAUCCUAUCGAUGCCACAAGAAAUCAUGAUAACAACAAACAGCCUAAGUUUCGAUUUCAAAACUCACUGUCUUUGGGUCGGAUCAGUUAGUGACGGCAGGGUACAUGUCUACAGAUAUCUAAAACGGCAGGACGCUCUGUUGGAUGUAUGAGCAGUAACAAAACAACGGCAACUGUAGCCGAUGACCUGUACAGAAGCAGACUGUGCAUAAAGACGUACAUGUAGUAUUCCUAGACAGUGGGCAAACUGAUUACUCCCCUGUGUGACUUACUGUUCUCUUAUUAAAUAUAUGGUUCUGAAAUGGAACAUAUAACAGCUGAUAAUGAAAAGGAACAAUGAUAAAGUUCUAAUAAAAUUCAUAUUAUAACCGGUCACAAGAUGCAAUAGAAUUUGUGAUCCGCUUAAGCGGUGUGAACAGUGUUUAUAGGAAUAUUUAGUGACUCACCAUUUACUAGUUUCAUAAUUAUAUGAUGUAAACUAGAGCAGAGUUCGUUGCGAGGAGGUCUUCUGUUAUAGCUUCUAUUUUCCCUUCUUUAUUAUCUAUCCAUUUUCAUUUUAAAAUGCAUUUUCGUGAUUGAUUCUCAUGUGCAAUGUCUUUGUGAAAUAGUUAAUCAAUUUGUUUAAAGGUUUACUAGAAACCUUAACUUUAAAAAAAAACGUCAAUAAUGAGGAGAUUUUCGAAAAUUAAUAAAUUUAAUUGUUUGAUGUCAAUUGGAUGUAUCUACGUUUUCUAUAUAGAAAUAAA